AUGGCUGAUAAUAAUCCCGGAAACUUUGCCAACCGCCCAAAGGAGGAGGUGCAAGAGAUUGCUUCCAAAGGAGGCCAAGCCAGCCACAACAGCGGCUUCGCGACCAUGGAUGACACGAAGCAGCGAGAAAUCUCCUCCAAGGGCGGACAGGCGUCGGGAGGCUCGUUCGAACCGGGCAGCGAGAGGGCUCGCGAGGCAGGACGCAAGGGAGGCUCUAAAUAG